UCUCUCUCUCUCUCUCUCUCUCACAUCAUGAUCACUAAUCAUCUAGAGUACUAGAUAACAAACAACUCUCACACAACUUCACUGCAUAUAUAGUUGAUCUACCUACAUAUAGGCGAGUUCAAACCUCAAACCUAACAACUUCCAUCAUUAGCUAACUUCUCUCUCAAAACCCAUAUCUUGCUUCUGUCUCUCUCUCAAUCUUAAGCUCAAAACCCAUGAACCCAUCUCUAAUUUGACCUUCUCUAAGAUUCUAUUUACAAGGCAAGCAAUUGAUCGAUCAAGAUGAGAGCAGGAGGUUGCACGCUCCAACAGGGUCUAACCACAGAGGCUGCGAACAUAGUAAAGCUAGCACUAACCCUAGCAAGGCACCGAGGCCAUGCCCAAGUCACUCCUCUCCAUGUUGCAAACACCAUGCUCUCUUCUUCAACCGGCCUAUUGCGAACUGCUUGUCUUCAAUCACACUCUCACCCACUUCAAUGCAAAGCACUUGAGCUUUGCUUCAAUGUUGCCCUCAACCGCCUCCCGGCCUCCAAUUCCAGCCCCAUGUUGGGUGGCGGUCACCACCCACAAAACCCUUCCAUCUCCAACGCCUUGGUCGCUGCUUUCAAGCGCGCGCAGGCUCACCAACGCCGCGGUUCCAUUGAGAACCAGCAGCAGCCCCUUCUAGCAGUGAAGAUAGAGCUGGAGCAACUCAUAAUUUCAAUCUUAGAUGAUCCAAGUGUAAGUAGAGUCAUGAGAGAAGCUGGGUUUUCUAGUACCCAGGUCAAAAGCAAUGUAGAACAAGCUGUCUCCAUAGAAAUAUGUAACUCCCAAACUACUACUACUCCUUGUGUAAGUAGUAGUAAGUCCAAGGAGAGUAAUCUCCAAUUGAUUCCUUUGUCAGUGGUACCUAAUCUAGAUCCAGUUAGGAAUGAGGAUGUGACAAUUGUUAUAGAGAAUUUGGUGAAGAAAAGAAGGAAGAGUAUUGUGAUUGUGGGUGAGUGUCUUGCUAGUGUUGAGGGCGUGGUGAGGGGAGUGAUGGAGAAGGUUGAUAAGGGAGAUCAACAUGUUGUCGUUGAUGAGGGUUUCAGUUUGAGAGAGGUGAAAUUUGUAACACUUUCUCUCUCCUCUUUUGGACAUAUUUCUAGAGUAGAGGUUGAACAUAAACUUGGAGAACUCAAGAGCCUAGUGAGGAGCAGUGUGGGGAAAGGAAUAAUUUUGUAUCUGGGAGAUCUCAAGUGGAUUACUGAGUAUAGGACUAGUAGUAGUUCAAGUCAUGAUCAGCAGGGAAUUAGGGGGUAUUAUUGUCCUGUGGAGCACAUGAUCAUGGAGCUUGGGAACCUGGUUUGUGGGAUUAAUGGUGAGACUAAUGGUGGGAGGGUUUGGCUUGUGGGGGUUGCUACUUUUCAAACUUACAUGAGAUGCAAAUCUGGCCAUCCAUCACUUGAGACUGUUUGGGGUAUUCAUCCUCUAACAAUUCCCUUAACCAGCCUGCGCUUGAGUCUUGUCACAGCUGAAAGUGAGCUACACAGUGAGUCUACAAGCAAGAUAGCUGAAACUGGAACUAGCAGGCUAGUAGUACUCGAAGGUGGAGAUCAGAAGAAGCUCACUUGCUGUGACGAAUGCUCAAACAAGUUCGAAGAAGAAGCUCAAAGCUUACGAAGCAGUAGCAUUUGUAACAGUGAAUCCACCACUUCAAGCCUUCCUGCAUGGCUCCAACAGUACAAGAAUGAGAACAAAGGACUAAACACAACUACUAAUAAUCAUCAGAACUCUGUCUCAGUUUCAGACCUUUGCAAAAAGUGGAACUCCAUUUGCAAAGCAAUGCACCACCAACAGCAUUCCAAUAAUUCUUCUGAGCUCAAGACUCUUACAAUAUUCUCUUCUCUCUCACCCUCUUCCUCCACUUCCGGUUUUUCAUAUGAGCAACAACAAUACCCUACUUUGCACCACCAUCAUUCUUGGAGGGACCAACAUUUCUGGAUAUCCGAAGCUCGUGACAAGGCUGUCGAACCCAAUUUGACAAUGUACUCAUCAAAUCCAAAUUCCACUCCUAAUUCGGCUUCAUCCAGUGAUGUCAUGGAAACAGACUAUGUUCCGAGGUUCAAGGAGAUCAAUGGCGAGAACCUGAAAACCCUAUGCAAUGCAUUGGAGACAAAAGUGCCGUGGCAGAAGGAUGUAAUUCCUGACAUAGCCUCCACAAUCUUGAAAUGCAGGUCCGGAAUGGUCAGAAGAAAAGGGAGUAAGGUGGGCACUAAUUUCAGUCCCGAGGUAAAAGAGGAAACAUGGUUGUUCUUUCAAGGUCUUGAUAUGGAAGCUAAGGAAAAAGUUGCAAGGGAAAUAGCUCGUCUUGUUUUCGGGUCUCAAACCAACCUCAUUUCCAUUGCACUAAGCAGUUUCUCGUCGACUCGGGCAGACUCAACCGAGGAUUGCAGAAGCAAAAGACCACGAGACGAACAAAGUUGCAGUUAUGUGGAGAGAUUCGCUGAGGCGGUGGCGUUUAAUCCACAUAGGGUGUUUUUAGUUGAAGAUGUAGAGCAAGCGGACUAUUGCUCUCAAAUGGGGUUUAAGAGAGCGAUCGAAAGAGGGAGAAUAACAAAUUCGAGUGGAGAAGAAGUUGGCCUUGGAGAUGCCAUCAUUAUUUUGAGCUGCGAAAGCUUUAGUUCGAGAUCAAGAGCUUGCUCUCCCCCUAUAAAGCAAAAAUCAUCAGAAGACGAAGAUCAUAAGGAUUCAAGUCCUCGUGCGUCUUUGGAUUUGAACAUUUCGUUUGAUAAUGACGAUGUUGAUGGUGAUCAGUCAAUUGAUGACAUUGGUCUUCUUGAAUCGGUUGAUAGAAGGAUCAUUUUCAAAAUUCAAGAACUGUAAACAUCGGGAACAAUAUGUCAUCAGGUGGCUCUUUUUUUUUUUUUUUUUUUCCUUUGUUCAACUUUUGGGAUCCCUUUUUAGGUUCUUGCGAAACUUUCUUUGUUUAGUCUGUUUUUAGAUUUUUAACUUAGCUAGGCGUAUCCUAGGGCUGGAGAGUUAAAGAUUUUCCUCUUUAUGUAAAACGACUAUAUAUAUAUGUAAAUUAUGGUCUAUGAUUUC